AAGCAAACGGGCAUAUACAAGGGCAUACAAACCAUGGCUCAAAAACUCUCCGAUGACGUGGACCCGAACCCUAACAUUGAUUCAGAUUUGCGAGAUCGUGUCUGCCGAUCUAUGGCUGUGGAUGUUAGAACUCGUCCAAAUCUUGGUUAUAUGCUAUCUAAAACCUCACAGGGUGUCGCUAACAAAACAGAGGAACCCUUCCUGCUGAAUGGAACAAAAGAAACAGAUAGAGACAUUCAAGAUUUCCUGCAGGAGAUGGUAUAUAAAGCGGAUCCGCCCCCAAAUCAGGAUCCUCCUGCUCCAGCGGAGCCUGCCCAACGUGGUGGCCAGCGUCCGCCCUCGAUAAUUUCAUUAUCAAGUUAGGAGGGCGGAUGUAAUAAAUAAGUCACGGAUGCAAAUGAGCAUAAGAGUCUACUUUAUACACUGAAAACUUAUAAUAUUCUUGAAACCCUUGCACCUGUAUAUUAUACAAUCUGUUGAUACUUGUUAUUACAUAACUACAAUAGUGGGGGAAUAUUGGCAACAGCUCUCGAGAUUUCUAGGCUAGCCACUAACUACAUGCUCCUGAGACUCUCUACUCGGUCUCAUCGUUAAAGAAACCAAGCACCCUGACUUCGAUAGAGUUGCGCGGGAGCCUCGUCUUUGGAACUAUCAUCCCGGUAGCUUCCGCGUGGAGGACUACGGACAUUAUGACGACGGGAGUCAAAAGUUGGGAAUACCCACUGACUCUACGUGUCAAAUGUGGGAGUUAUUGCCGCCUUCUAGUAUGGAUUCUGAUUGAGAGGCGUUUAGCCAUUACCCAGCAGGUGGUACCAUUCUCACUAGUUCCAUUUGUUCAACAAGAUUCGACUGGGGUCCUUGUGGUAUAUGUGAGCUACAGUACACGAAGCUAGGAGAUCUUUGCUUGUUUAGCUAUCGUAACUAGGCUUGAAGGAGGGUUUGAGGCUGCUGAUAUGACGCAAAGCAUUGUGGCUUGUACGACUUCAUAUGAUAGCGCCUUCAGCUCACAUGUUACACGUGCCGAAUGUGUUAAACCCAUUCGUCCGCGCCUUGUACAAUUUACACACCUAUUACUGAC